GGUACGAAAGUACAAAACUACGAGCGUUCGGCGCAACCGCCGCCCGUUCGUCACAGACGUUAGUCCAGACGACCACACUCCACCGCCGACCACCCGACGGGCGAUGACUAUGAUGUACUGUGCGUGCGUGCGUUUCGUGUGUGUUACUGUGUUAGCACGUCUCAGCAGCGAGCGAUAACAUAACGCGUCGUAUAUUAUUUGUUAUUAUUUAUUUAUUAUUAUUAUUACUAUUAUUAUAUAAAACUAUCGAAAACUGAAAGAAAACGUAUCGCGCUCCGCACCCGCCGUGUCGCGACCCGCGGUCAUUCGAUUUGGUUUAAAUACAUAAAAUAUCGUAUAAACGUUAUUAUCUUCUCUUCUAUUUUCACGGUUUUUCAUCAUCUUCGUCGACGUCGUCAUCACUGUUAAUCAACGUGUAUUACAUAAAAUACACGAUAAACGACGAUAUUGGGUUGUAUAAAUCAAUAAAUGUAUAAUAUUAUAUUGUUUUGAAAUAUUAUGCUGACUCGUCGCGUGUCGCAUUUCCGUAACUACUGGUGCAGUGCUACUACGGUUACGGUUGUCCGUGUCGACGGUGACCGCCGCCGCCGUUCGUCCGUGUGGUGGUGAUCGGUCCGCGGUCGUCGGCAUUGCACCAGGCUUCUUGUGCGUGUCUUGUCGUUACCGAUACAAAGACGAUAACAGUCUCGACGGAGUGGACUGACUGACGAUAUCGUGUCGUACGUGUGCGCGCAGUACGAGUGUAGGACACGCCGUCGUCGUUACGUGAUGUCGCGCUACCGCCGGGCGACGUGCGAUACCGCCUAAAAAGGGCAUAUGCCCACCGUCGUCGUAACGGCGCGCUUCACGUCGGUCAGCAGCCGUGCUUAGUGGUGUCCGCCGGCCACAGCGGCCACGACCACGGACGUUUGCGAGUCCCCGAUCAGCACACUCGGUGACCGUCACUUCUGUUAUAGUCUAGCCAAACGUCGACUGCACACCCCAGUCCCCCUCCCUGACCGUAUUUUGGAUAAACUACCAUUGUGACACGAUGCGUUUGCAUGGAUGGUGUUCUUGAAAAACCGGCAAAGUGUUGCCGGUUACCAAUCGAGAUAUGGACGGCAGCAAUGGAGCCAAACAAGCCGACAGUUGGCAUAAGCAUGAGCCAUUCAUGAUGGUCGAAAAGCAGAAAAAUAAAAAUCAUGGGCAAGGAUCCCAAGACAGUAACUUUGGUUUUGGCGGUGGUCCCUUGUAUGGAAGACUUGUCGCUGAAGACCAAUUACCAAUGGUUGGUGGUGUUGCUCCGGUGCAUGCUGAUAUCCAUGCAAUGCAAGCAAGAAUACCACCCCAUUUCCGAGAUCCGUCAACCGCUCCAUUGAGAAAGCUUUCGGUGGACCUAAUCAAGACAUAUAAGUUUAUUAAUGAGGUCUACUAUGCUAAGAAAAAAAAAAGAGCUGGUGGUGGAGCAGUUGGGUUGAGUAGUCAACCUCAAAAUAAUGGGGCUCCCGUUGAAGGACCUGUGGCCAAUAAAAAAGAAAGAAGAGUGUAUAAUGAUGGUCACGACGAUGAUAACCAUGAUUAUAUAAUUAGAAGCGGUGAAAAGUUUUUGGAUCGCUAUGAAAUCAUAUCCUUGCUAGGCAAAGGGUCAUUUGGACAAGUUGUUAAGGCUCGUGACGAGGAAGAAGAUUGUUAUGUAGCAAUUAAAAUAAUAAAGAACAAAAAACCAUUCCUAAAUCAAGCUCAAAUUGAAGUAAGACUAUUAGAAAUGAUGAAUAGAGCUGAUGUUGACAACAAAUACUAUAUUGUUAAACUCAAGCGUCAUUUUAUGUGGCGUAAUCAUUUGUGCCUGGUGUUUGAGUUGUUAUCUUAUAACUUGUAUGAUUUGAUUAGGAACACUAAUUUUAAAGGUGUUUCUUUAAAUCUUACACGUAAAUUUGCUGCUCAACUGUGCACGGCUCUGUUGUUCCUGUCCACACCGGACCUGUCCAUCAUACAUUGUGAUCUGAAACCAGAAAACAUAUUGUUGUGCAAUCCUAAAAGAUCAGCUAUUAAAAUAGUUGACUUUGGCUCAUCUUGCCAACUCGGCCAAAGAAUAUAUCAAUAUAUUCAAUCUCGUUUUUACCGUUCACCUGAAGUUUUACUUGGUAUACCUUAUGAUUUGGCUAUAGACAUGUGGAGUUUAGGAUGUAUUUUAGUAGAAAUGCAUACUGGAGAACCGUUGUUUAGUGGAACAAAUGAAGUUGAUCAGAUGAAUAAAAUCAUUGAAGUUCUUGGCAUGCCACCCAAACAUAUACUUGACCAGGCUCAAAAAGCUCACAAAUAUUUUGAUAAAUUGCCUGGUGUCGAUUCGUACACCUUAAAAAAACCUAAAGAUGCUAAAAAGUACAGGAAUCCAGGUGGUCGACGGUUACAUGAUAUAUUAGGUGUCGAAACAGGCGGUCCAUAUGCUAGGCGGUUAGGUGAGCCCGGGCAUUCAGUAUCUGACUACCUUAAAUUUAAAGAUCUUAUAGUACGAAUGCUAGAUUAUGAUCCAAAAACUCGAAUUACACCAUAUUAUGCUUUGCAACAUAACUUCUUCAAGCGGACUUCUGAAGAGGGUACUAAUACAGCUAGUGGUAUCGCUCAAGCUGGACUACACAGCUUAGGUGCUAGUCCACCAUUUAAUAGUUUACCUAGUAAUAAUCCAGGGGACACAAAUGUGCAAUCAUCUGCAAUAAGAUUGCGGUCGGACCAGUGCCGAGGUAGAACUACAAUGGAUUGUGACCCUCCGCCGAUCGCAUCUAUGUACCACGGUUACCAAACGGCUCCAAUGGCUAGACACCAUCUGCCUCACCAUGCUACAGUUUACCCAAUGAACCCAGCAUCCGCUGUUGGUACUUUGGUUCACUGUCGACCCACCUCUUUGCCGUUCCUACAUCCACAACAUCACCCGUAUCAACCAAUACAAUCACAACCUCCACGUUCAUUGCAUUCGUUGCAUAAUCACCCACCACCACCACCAGUACAACAACCUGUUGCACGGGUACCAACUUCCCAUUCCAAUCGAACGAAACAAGAACAAGAUGACAUGAUUGGGGUAUGUAUAGGUCAAAGUCCUGUAGCAAUAAACAUAACAUGAUCAAAUCGUAUAAAAUGUAAAAGAGAUGAUUUAUACAUGUUUUCAUUACAUACAUGUAAAAAUUGAAUAACUGUGAUUAAUCUAAAGGGGAAAAAGUAAUUUUUAAAUUCAAAUUUGUACCGAGUAGUGCCAGAAAUUCAAUUUUACUGUUUCCAUGGAUAUUGUUUUUGUCUUGUUUUUUUGUUUUUUUUUUUUUUAACAAAUUCCUUAUAGAAUUCAACUAUUACUUUAAUUUAACAGAUUAAAUAGAUUAAAUUAAAACAAAAUAAAUUGACAAAUAAUUUUUAUCUGAUGCAAUAAUGAAUAAUUAGUUAAUAACAUAUUUUUAUAAACUUACCAAUUGCCAUUUUUAUCUUCAUGUAUACGCGGAUAACUGUUAAAGCUACCUCAAAACAUUUUGUAUUACCAUAGAUUAAAUAACAUUAGUGUUAUUUAAUCUAUGGUAAUACUAAUACAGACGAAUCAAUUUUGAAAUUGUGUUUUAAUAUUUACUCACAACUAGCCAACGCCCUAUUUUAACAUGACUUAGUACCAGCAUUGCAUGUACAGUAUUAAUUGUUUAAUAAAUGAUCUUAAUGUAAAUUAUUUCAUUUAUUUUUUUUUUCAAUAAAUUUUAAACAUCAAUAAUUAUAUUAUCAAAUUUGAUGUUUAUUAUUUUGUUAUAUUCCUUUGAUAUUGGACAAAAUUAAAUUAAAUUUAUAAAUUAUCACACGGUAUAUUAUGCAAUGCACAAUACAUAAAACAAUUAUGAUUUACAGACAAAAAAUACAUCCUAAAUAGAAAUCCAAUAAGUAUUCAUAAAUUAUAAAUGCAGAGAAAGCAUUUUUUUUCUGUAUUAAAAUAUAGUGUAUUAAAGUUUUGGUGCUUUUGCUGUGAAGUUUAUCUGUGGCAUUUAUUUAUUUUUUUCCUUUUCGAAACAUUGCCAUUUCAAAUUAAGUUUUGAGUAAACGGUAUACCUACACACACAUAAUGACAUAACGAGAGAGUUCGUCUGUGCAGUAAAAUUCAUAACAACGGACAUAAUCUGUAAUGUGUUUGAAUGCAUGAUUAACAACCUGAUACGCGUAAAAUUUAACUUUUAUUAUUGUCAGGGACCUUCGAAAACACGACUGAUCGUAUAUAACUUUUUUUUAUUAAUAUUACUAAAAUUAUUAUUCCCUUAAAAGAAUCGAUAACUUGCAAAAGAUAAAAAUGGCCUACGUUUAUAAUGAUUUUGCGUACCUAUACAUAUUUUAACACGAUUUCAUUAUUAUCGUGUCUUCCUGGAAUGUUAAGCAUAUUUUUUAUUUCUUAUAUAUUUCGUUAAAAUAAUAUACAAAUAUACCUAGUACCCAUGUACUAUAUAUAAAUAUAUACAAGGUAGUCUUAUAGUGUUACCCUAAGGAUCCGAUUUUUUUACGCGUUUCCACUGCCAUAGGUGUAUAUUAUAUUAUUUGUGUGUGUGACUAUAUAUUAUAUUUAAAUAAUAAAUUAUAUAGUCUAAAAAUAUGAAUAGACAUAAAAUAAGAAGUCGAGUACCAAGUCAUAAUGCAUUAUGAGUACCUAUGUCUAAGAUGACGAUGCUGCCGUAUACGCACCUCUCUCUCUCUAUCUCUAUCUCCCUCUUUCUCUCUUACUCUCUCUCUCUCUCUCUCUCACACACACACACACACACUCAUAACACAACUUGUACGGAACUAUUGUUGUGCAGUGACAUACAUUAGCCAAUUUCGAUGACAUGACCACCGAGGUAGUUUUUUCGUUUUUGUAUCGCGGGCGUGUGUAAAAAAUUUGAACCAACAAAAAAAAAAAAAACGAAAGAAAUAAUAUAAUAUGUGA